AUGGAGUCCGUGAAUACGGCCACGGCACUGGCUGGUGACGACACCGCAGACAAUUCGGCGCUGAUCCGCGCGGCGGCCAGCUCCGUCGCCCAGCUCAUCGUGGGACACGGGCCGCCAACGUCCACCGACAGGGACGAUCCCGACGACCCGCUCGUCGAGAUGGCGCGGCUGGACCCCGCCUCGGCGGCGCGCUUCGUCCAGCAUGCCAUGCUCACUGGCGGGCUGAGCAGCGGGUUGGUCGCGGUUGUCUCGGGGUCCCUCCUCGCAGUGCACUGGUCCAUUUGGGCUCAGUGCGAGCGGCCCUUGCGCUGGUGGCUGCUCGCGAACUGCCUGCUGCAAUGUGUCCAGGUACCCCUCCGCCUCGCCUUCUGGGCCAGCGUGAGGGCUGCAGAAAGCGAGCGCCAGUGCAUCCCAGACCGCAUCGCGCAGCUGGCAAGCACCCAGGCCUGGCGCGUCAGCAAGCUGGUCUCGCUGAUGACCUACUUCUGGAUGAUCCUCGGCAUCGUUUGGGCCAUGAACUCGAGGGGCUGCAACACGUGCCCCAACCUCAUCCCCACCGUGGUCGCGGUCUUGGCAACGUCCGCUGCCCGCGUGCUCUGCGCAUUCAUCGGCUUCCGGAUGGCGUUCCCGCUGGCCGCCCGCGCUGCCGAGGCGGCGGAGAUGGUGGCAGCGACCGCCGAGCAGAUCUGCGGCCUGGAUACCGUUACCCACGAGAGCGACGAGUCCACAGAGUUGUCGUGCGCGGUAUGCCUGUCCGAGUUCUGCGACGGCGAGGCCCUGAGGAAGCUUCCAUCCCCAUGCAACCACAGAUUCCACGUGGACUGCUGUGACCAAUGGCUCGCCCGCAGCAAGCGGUGCCCGCUGUGCAUGCGGAACAUCGACGAGGUGGCCGAAGGGCCCAAGACAUGGGGCUUCUGCGAUCGGCGCCACAAGCCGCACGCCCAGUAG